AUGCCUCCACCACCUCCACCAAGCAAUAACAGCAUUAUUAGUACUUCUCAAGGAUUUACUCCACCACCACCUCCUGGAAUAAACAGUUCCAUUCCAGUGAUUGGAGGAGAGGUCAAUAAGGUUCACGCAAAAAAGUCAACGAAACAGUACAUUAAUGUGAGAGAAAUUAUUGGACCAAAAGAUGUUUUCCAAGCAUUGAGAAUUGCUCCAUCAGUUUUUAAGGAAUUAUUUGGAGUUUCUUAUCCAAAUAAUUCAGAAUAUUUGGAAGGUCAACAAAUUGCUCAAGUUGUCUUUGAAGAUUUCGAAUUAAAUUUGAUUUGGGCGAGGGAUAUGAGUCAAACUGAUGAUUCGUAUGCAGUUCCAUAUGCCAUGACUGAUAGUACUCAUGCCUUGUGGGAAUUGUUGGGAAAUAAUGGUUUCGAAUUGAGAGAUUCGAGAAAUUAUCUCACCUAUCAAACUAAUAGAGUGAGCAGAUUUAAUGGAAGAAUGUUAUGCGAAAGAGUAUUCGAAAGAGACCUUUCCAAAAUGUAG